AUGCUUCACCCUUUUGUGUUUAUGAUUGAUUUCAGUGACGAGUAUGAAGAGGAUGGUUUUUGCCAGCCCUACCGGGGGAUCGCUUGUGCGCGGUUUAUUGGAAAUCGAACCAUUUAUAUGGAGUCUUUGCAUAUGCAAGGUGAAAUAGAAAAUCAGAUUACAGCUGCCUUCACCAUGAUUGGCACUUCCAGCCAUUUGUCGGAUAAAUGUUCCCAGUUUGCUAUUCCUUCCCUGUGCCAUUACGCCUUCCCCUACUGCGACGAGACUUCGGCAGCUCCCAAACCACGAGACCUGUGCCGUGAUGAAUGUGAAAUUCUGGAAAAUGUCCUGUGUCAGACAGAGUAUAUUUUUGCAAGAUCUAAUCCCAUGAUUCUGAUGAGAUUAAAGCUGCCCAACUGCGAAGAUCUUCCCCAGCCAGAUAGCCCCGAAGCUGUCAAUUGUAUCCGGAUUGGGAUUCCGAUGGCAGAUCCCAUAAAUAAAAAUCACAAAUGCUACAACAGCACAGGAGUAGAUUACCGGGGGACGGUGAGCGUGACCAGGUCGGGGCGGCAGUGCCAGCCGUGGAACUCGCAGUACCCCCACACUCACACCUUCACUGCCAUCAGGUACCCCGAGCUCAACGGGGGCCACUCCUACUGCCGCAACCCUGGCAACCAGAAGGACGCCCCGUGGUGCUUCACCUUAGAUGAGAACUUUAAGUCUGAGCUUUGCGACGUCCCGGCGUGUGAUUAUAAGGAUUCCAAGGAAAAGAAUAAAAUGGAAAUCCUGUAUAUCCUGGUGCCAAGUGUUACUAUUCCCCUGGCCAUAGCUUUGCUCUUCUUCUUCAUCUGCAUCUGUCGCAACAAUCAGAAGUCAUCCUCCCCUCCCGUUCAGAGACAGCCUAAACAUGUAAGAGGACAAAAUGUGGAGAUGUCAAUGCUCAACGCCUACAAACCAAAG